GUUAAAAAUAUACUCUUUCAGCUCUGUUGCCAAACGGUUCACUAGAUUUGAGGACGUGCCUUUAUUUUCCUUUUGUUGUUUUCUCCGGCCUGAAAAGGGAAAAUACAAAACCCAAUGGGACAUUAUCACAAGUAUAGCCAUCGAAUCGUGUCCAAGCUCCAACUCAUAUCCAAAUUCACGUUUACUCAUGCAUUCAGUAAACUUGUGGUCAUCGCUUACAUUCCGCCAAUUUUUUUUUUUUUUUUUUUUUGGUUUUCAUCAAUUUGGAUUCCACCAGUAGAUUUUUUAUUCGAGCCGUUGAUUCAAAUAUGCGUCAACAAGGGCAUAUCCCAGUAAUCUACCUAUAAUGCACUUUACGUAGUAAGCUACAAUGCUACGUACUUGGUACUUUUUUUUCUAUUGAUCAUCUUGCGUACUUGGUACGUCUACUAUUUAUCUUAGAG